AUGCCUAUUUAAUUUACAAAAGGCGAAAUUUUCAAUAAAAUUGGUGAUGAAGGUGUAUCAGACUUAAGUUCUACUUUAGCAAAGUGCAUUAAUCUCUCAAAUUUGGCUCUUAACCUUGGUUCCAAUGAAAUUGGUGAAAUAGGUGUAUCAGGCUUAGGUUUUGGUUUAGUAAAGUGCAUUAAUCUCUCAAAUUUGACACUUAAACUUGAUUUCAAUAAAAUUGGUAAAAUAGGUGCAUCAGGCUUAGGUUCUGCUUUAGCAAAGUGCAUUAAUCUCUCAAAUUUGACACUUAACCUUGAUUGGAAUUAAAUUGGUGAUGAAGGUGCAUCAGGCUUAUGUUCUGCUUUAGCAGAGUGUAUUAAUCUCUCAAAUUUGAAACUUAAUCUUAGUUUCAAUAAAAUUGGUGAGGAAGGACCAUCAGGCUUAGGUUCUGGUUUAGCAAAGUGCAUUAAUCUCUCAAAUUUGACACUUAAUCUUAGCCACAAUUAUAUAGGUGAUGAAGGGGUAUCAGGCUUAUGUUCAGCUUUAGCAAAAGGCAUUAAUCUCUCAAAUUUGGCACUUAACCUUGAUUUCAAUAAAAUUGGUGAUGAAGGAGCAUCAGGCUUAGGUUCUGGUUUAGCAAAGUGCAUUAAUCUCUCAAAUUUGACACUUAACCUUGAUGUGAAUUAAAUUAGUGAUAAAGGGGUAUUAGGCUUAGGUUCUGCUUUAGCAAAGUGCAUUAAUCUCUCAAAUUUGAAACUUAAUCUUAGAACAAAUUAUAAUAUUCAAUGGGGCGGUAUAGGAUUCGAACCCCCGAUAUCACUGCUAAGACCCUCCGACUCGCCCACUCGAGCCGCUUAGCCCUUCUAUAUUGGUGAUGAAGGUGCAUCAGGCUUAGGUUCUGGUUUAGCAAAUUGCAUUAAUCUCUCAAAUUUGACACUUGACCUUUAUUCCAAUAAAAUUGGUGAUGAAGGUGCAUCAGGCUUAGGUUCUGGUUUAGCAAAUUGCAAUAAUCUCUCAAAUUUGACACUUCACCUUAAUAAGAAUUAAAUUGGUGCAAUGGGUGCAAAAGGCUUAGGUACUGGUUUAGCAAAUUGCAUUAAUCUCUCAAAUUUGACACUUGACCUUAAUUAGAAUUAAAUUGGUGUAAUGGGUGCUUCAGGCUUAGGAUUUGGUUUAGCAAAUUGCAUUAAUCUCUCAAAUUUGACACUUGUCCUUAAUUCCAAUAAAAUUGGUGAUGAAGGUGCAUCAGGCUUAGGUUCUGGUUUAGCAAAAAACAUUAAUCUCUCAAAUUUGAGAAUUUACCUUAAUUACAAUAAAAUUGGUGCAAUUGGUGCAUCAGGCUUAGGUUCUGGUUUAGCAAAUUGCAUUAAUCUCUCAAAUUUGACACUUUACCUUAAUUAGAAUUAAAUUGGUGUAAUGGGUGCAUCAGGCUUAGGUUCUGGUUUAGCAAAUUGCAAUAAUCUCUCAAAUUUGACACUUCACAUUAAUUAGAAUUAAAUUGGUGUAAUGGGUGCAUCAGGUUUAGGCUCUGGUUUAGCAAAUUGCAUUAAUCUCUCAAAUUUGACACUUUACCUUAAUAAGAAUUAAAUUGGUGACAAAGGUGCAUCAGGCUUAGGUUCUGGUUUAGCAAAUUGCAAAAAUCUCUUAAAUUUGAGACUUGACCUUAAUAAGAAUUAAAUUGGUGCAAUGGGUGCAAAAGGCUUAGGUACUGGUUUAGCAAAUUGCAUUAAUCUCUCAAAUUUGACACUUGACCUUAAGUAAAAACAGUUUAUUUGUUUUGGAUUGUGA